AUGGUAUCGCGUCGCCCGCCCCCUAACCCGCCUCCUCACUCUAGCAAACGUCGAGCAGUUGUCCCCCAUCACUAUGGUGCGCCUACCUCGUACCUUCCUUUCAAGCGCUUGCUAACAUACUACGCGCAGUCUACCUUCGGUGCCAGCGCUAGGAGCGUGUAUGGUAUCAAACCCCAGCAGGGCGAUCCCUACCGGUAUCAGGUCGGGUUCGGGAACCGCUUUGCCUCAGAGGCAAUCCCUGGCACGCUUCCAUCUGCGCAGAACAACCCACAGAAAGCAAAGUAUGAUCUCUACACAGAAAGUAUCAACGGUACACCUUUCCCGACACCUCGAAAGGACAACCAAUCCUGCUGGGUAUACCGGAUCCGUCCCUCCGUUGCGCACCAAGGGUUCACUCCACUACCCGAGAACCCAGACCUUGAGUCGUGUUUCUUGCCACUCAACCCAAAGAUCCAUUCCAGCCCCACUCAACUAGCGUGGUAUCCACUUGACAUCCCCUCUGGCGACAAGGUGGACUUCAUCUCUGGUCUGAAAACCCUCGCCGGAAAUGGAGACCCCACUCUCCGUGAGGGGCUUGCUACGCACAUCUACGCCGCCAAUGUGUCCAUGGGCAAGAGGGCGUUCUGCAAUGGCGACGGCGACUUCCUUAUCCUCCCCCAGCAGGGACGCCUGGACAUCCAGACCGAGUUCGGAAAGCUGAUGGUGAGGCCAGGAGAGCUAGUGGUUGUCCAGCGUGGUAUCAAGUUUAAGGUCGGACUUCCCGAUGGUCCUUCUCGUGGCUAUAUUCUCGAGAUCUUUGGCUCACACUUCGAGCUUCCGGAGUUGGGUCCGCUGGGCACGCACGGUCUCGCCAACGUGCGAGACUUUGAGAGCCCGGUUGCCAGCUUCGACAUUGACCAGUCUCCAUGGGAGAUCGUCUACAAGGUCAGUGGCAAGCUGCACGCCUGCCACCAAGAGCACACUCCGUUCGACAUCGUCGCCUGGUGGGGCAACUACGUGCCAUACAAAUACGCCAUGGAGAAGUUCGCGCACGUCGGGAGCAUCAACAAGGACCACAUGGACCCCUCCGUCUUCUGCGUGCUCACCGCGAAGUCGAAGACGCCCGGCGCGCCCCUCGCCGACUUCCUCAUCUUCAGCGGGCGCUGGGACGUCGCCGACGGGACCUUCCGUCCGCCCUACUACCACAGGAACUGCGCGACGGAGAUGAUGGGGCUCAUCUAUGGGGACUACGGGGGCCGCAGCGACGAGUUCGCGCCCGGGGGGUUCAGCUACGAGAACGGCUUCUGCCCGCACGGAGUGUCCUAUGACGAGUUCAAGAAGGCCACUGAGGCCGAACUGGGACCAAUGCGGGUGCACGAUGGCACACUUGCGUUCAUGUUCGAGACGAGCAUGCAGGUCACCCUGACCGACUUCGCGAUGAAGCGGACCGGCAAGCUCCACGAGCACGAGCCGAAGAUGUGGGAUAACUUGAAGGGGCAGUUUGUCAACCAUAUCGACCAGAUCAACGCGGACUUGAAGGCGGCGGGCCUACCCGCGCUUGGGUCCGACGAGUGA